UUGUCAUGGCAUAGGCAAAAACGUACAAGCAAAAAACGACCAAUACAAUUCACAAAAAAAGAAUUAAAGUGUAAAACGUAUAAUAGAAGAGAAAACGUUUUGAAUACCGGUCCAAAAAGUCCGUCGACAUCAAAUAAUCAAAUAAGUCGAUGGGAAUGAAAAGAUUUUGAGAAUCGAAACACAUAUAAAUGCCGGUAGACACGCGUUCUAUAGUACACUCACAACAGUUGAGUCGAGAACAUCGUCUUCGUGGUCGUUGUGGUCGUCAUUCUUUCAUUCUCUCUGUCUCUCACUGACAAGCCGAACCAUAGAAGUCGACAUUGCUUCAUCUUUGGAAAUUACCAAAGCGAAACGCAAACCAUGAAGUAGAGAGCUAGAGAACAAAAAUUCAAACCUCAAGUGAUUUGAUAUAUAAUUUGUUAAAGUGUUUUGGAGAGUGAGAAAAGAAAAAUUUGCGUAGUUUGCCCUGCGCUUAACAAGAACAAAAAAAGUGAGUGAAUCUUUGCGUGUGGAUAAAUGUGAAUGAAAAAUGCUGGUUUGUAAGCAUCACACACUUUGCAAUUGAUAUUUAGAACCAAGUGACGCAACACAGUCAAAUUGUUUCGCAUGUUGCUGUACCGAGAAGCGUGUCAAUUUGUGUUUUUACCCACGAAAACGAUACGAAUCAAUAUCACUCUGUGUGAGUAAUUGAGGCAAUGUGAAAAACAAAAAAAAAAACACAAGAUUUUGUUUCAUCGAAAUAUUUCAUCAUCUUCACUCAGUCGUUGCUUUCUGCACAAUUUCCAUGAUAAGCACGAUUUUGGAACCAGCAAUUAUUCGAAUUAUUAUCGAACCAGAAUUCGUAUGAAGUAAAGAACAUUUUAGCCAUCUCUUCAAGUGAACUUUGCAUUUGUUUGUGUUGUUAUUGUGUAAAUGUGUUAGUGAAAAUUGCCAGUAACUUGCUUUCAUCUCUCUUCGUUUCAUUCGAUACGUGGUCGUCGGCACCAAAGAAACAUUUGCAAAAACAAACAUUUAAACGCUCUCAACCGCUCCAUUUUGAGAGUGUAUGCGUGAGUGUAUUUACUACGUUCUUGUGCGCGCUGCAUUUUUUCCUUUAACCUGUUGAUUUAUUCCACAUAUUUUUUUUCCACUCUUCUCUCAUUUUUUUUUUCGGCUUGGUGUGUCGAUGCAUAAACAAAAGUCGUUGCAACGAACAUUUUGCAUUUAAUUGUAUUUUAAAAUUGUUCGUGUUCGGUUUUGUGAAUGUUUUCUUGUCUGAUUUAUUAAUAUAUUUACUUGUUGUUGAAUUAAAAUUUACAAAACAAACAGUAUCGAAUGCGUAUAGUGAAAUUACGAGAAAGAAAACCUAGUUUUACAACGUUGUCGACAAGCACAAUUAAUUUUUUUUAACUGAUUAGUUUGCCGACGACAGCAAAGUGCAGUGUAAUAUUUAAAUUUAAUGCUGAUUUAUGCAAAUUCCGUUCGGAAAAUGCGUAAUUUUUAAUUGAAAGAUACGGUUGGUUCAUGUUCUGAAAUAAUUAAAUUUUGACGACAACAUUAAUAAUAAAAGAUGUCGAGUGAAAAGCAUAGUGAAAAUAGUAAUGAGACAGGAGUUAUCAACGAUCUUAACUCUGAAGAGACAGCAGUUACUGAUAGACUCAAUGGAUCUUCGACUGUAUCGAAUAAGAUUGAACAACGUGUGGUUAUCGAACGAAAAAUCACCUUAAUGAAUGGCGUCGGUAUCAUCAUCGGUACAAUUAUUGGAUCGGGCAUUUUUGUGUCGCCAACUGGAGUCUUUAAAUACACUGAAUCCAUUGGCUCGUCGUUACUGAUAUGGGCCACUUGUGGGACUCUAUCAACACUGGGCGCGCUUUGUUAUGCCGAACUCGGUACUUGCAUAACACGUUCGGGAGGUGACUAUGCAUACUUACUCAUCGCAUUUGGACCGCUUGUUGGAUUUUUAAGACUAUGGAUGGCUCUACUUAUUAUUCGACCGACAACUCAAGCAAUUGUUGCAUUGACAUUCGCUCAAUAUGCGGCGAAACCAUUUUUCCCGGAUUGUGAUCCACCAGCCACAGCGGUGCAAUUGCUUGCUGCAGUUUGUCUAUCUCUUCUCACCGCCAUCAAUUGCGUUUCGACAAAGUUGUCGAUGAGAGUGCAAGAUAUAUUUACUGCUGCGAAACUAUUUGCAUUGAUCAGUAUUAUUCUUGCCGGCCUUUACUCAAUGGCCACAAGUGACUUGAAGUAUUUUGAAAAUCCAUGGGAAGGCAAAUAUGAUGCUUCGUCCAUUGGAUUUGCAUUUUAUUCGGGACUUUUCGCCUUUGGCGGUUGGAAUUAUUUAAAUUUUGUGACCGGAGAACUCAUCGAUCCAUACAGAAAUCUUCCGCGUGCGAUUUGGAUUGCAAUGCCUAUGGUGACAAUAAUAUAUGUGCUUGUGAAUUUGGCCUAUUUCGCCGUUGUGUCGCGUGCAGAGAUGCUUGGGUCCGUGGCCGUGGCUGUUACUUUUGGCAACAAAAUAUUUGGACCGAUUGCAUGGUGCAUUCCGAUUUUUGUGGCUCUCAGCUGCUUCGGAGGUGUAAAUGGAGUUAUAUUCACCUCGGCACGAUUGUUUGCGACUGGCGCGCAAGACGGCAAUUUGCCAUCAUUCUUUUCGCUCGUUCAUCAUAAGCAGCAAACUCCCAUACCUUCAUUGAUAUUUUCGCUUUUAAUUUCAUUGAUAAUGCUCUGCACAGCGGAUGUGUUCUUGUUGAUAAAUUACUUCAGCCAAAUUCUUUGGUUAUCGGUGGUGGCUAGUAUUGCAGCAUUGCUUUGGAUGCGAAAGACGAAACCCGAUCUUCCCCGACCGAUACGUGUGAAUCUAAUCAUUCCGGUUGUAUUCAUCGUGAUAUGCUUGAUAUUGGUUUUCUUGCCGAGCCUUGAAGCCCCCGAAAAUUUAUUGGUCGGCAUUUUGAUUAUAUUGGCCGGAAUUCCAGUAUAUUACGUUGGCGUGGCAUGGAAGGAUAAACCAUCCUGUUAUGUUCGAUUGUCAAGGGGCAUCGAACGCUUUUGCCAAAUUAUGUUCUCGACAGUUUUUGUUGACGACGAAGAAAAAUCCGUCUAAAUUUUAAAACAAUGACUUUGCACCCAUAAUGUCUCAUAUUUAUAACGUUUAAUUGUAAUUAUUCCGUAUCAUUUCAUUUUGAAAGACAUCACUUUAAACAUACAUUUUGUUCAAUUAGAGAAUCAAUAUUUAACGUUCCAUUAUUUUUUUAUAUAAUAACACAAGAUAAACUUCGAAUAGCCAAUAUGAUGCUUUUCGAUCUCGAGUCGAAGCUCUAUUUUAUCAUUUUAAUUCCCAAUUCAUUUUCUACAAAGCAUUUUUUCUUUCUUUUCAUUCAAAGCAUUUCAAUCGCUUAUUAUUUGACUUGAGUUUAAAUUGCAGGUUUUAAUGUUUAUGGAAACAUUGUUAACAAAAGAUGAAAAAUUCAAAACAUAUUUAGACGAGAGUCAAAAUGAAAAAGACUCAUACAAAAAAUGAAUUUUAUCAAGUUAGAUAGAAAAAAAGGACCAAUUUAUGCUUAAUCAAGUGUAUUGCUUCAGUAUAUUUACUUAAACUAA